GUAACGCAAAUUAACGUUAAUGACACUUUUAAUUAUAAAUAUGCAGAGUUAAAUAAUGUCAAAAAAUAUGAAUUUAUUGCCAAUAGCACACGAAGAAUUUAGCCAAGUUGAAUAUUGGAAUACGUUUUUUAAGAAACGUGGUGAAAAAGUUUUUGAAUGGUAUGGAGAAUAUCCAGAAUUAUGUCAUAUACUUCAUAAAUACAUAUUAGUAAAAGAUAACAUUUUAAUUGUUGGUUGUGGUAAUUCUACUGUUAGUAUGUGUUUGUAUGAUGCUGGUUAUAGAAAUAUUACUAAUAUUGAUGUAUCACACAUUGUUAUCAAACAAAUGCGUGAUAUUAAUGCAUCUGUAAGAUCAGAUUUGGUUUAUGAACAAAUGGAUGCUACACAAAUGACAUAUUCUGAUGAUAUGUUUAGCGUUAUUUUAGAUAAAGGUACUUUAGAUGCUCUUAUGCCUGAUACUAAGGAUGGAACAAAAUCUACUAUUAACAAAUAUUUUAAGGAAAUCACAAGAGUUCUGCGUAAUGGUGGUAGAUACAUAUGUAUCUCUUUACUGCAGGAACACAUUUUGAAGGAACUUGUAUCUUAUUUUCCAAGUAAUGGAUUUAUGUUUCGUAUAGUACGUUGUUACGAUGCAGAAGCAAAAACACAAAUGGAAGAAGGAAGCUCAAUCCCUGUGUUUGUAGUGAUUGCCACAAAGUUCAUGAACUUAUCACAAACUAUUUUGGAGGUAGUGUUAACUGAUGGUCCUCCAAAGCGAUUGUCAUCAACAGAUGAUAUAAUAUCAGUUAUAUUGUCAGUACAGCAGUCCACAUUAAUUUGUAAUAGUCUGCAAAAACGUAGUGUGGCUGAUAUUGGAGAAAUCUCGUUAGAUUUGCAUCGUCCCGGUGAUAAGUAUCCACGUUAUACGAUCUAUGUUUUAGAUCAACCUAGGAUACGUGGAACAAAAAGUUAUGCAGCUUUUAUAGUGCCACAAGGAAAGGAAACAGAUUGGUUAUUCAGUACAAAAGAAGGAAGGCAGCAAGUUCUUAAGAGCGCCCAACGAGAUAGACUAGCAAUUGUCACAUUAUGUAGAGAACACAAAUUUGAAAGUUGGGAUGCUACCAAAAAUGAACUUGAAGAUUGUAUUUUAAAUUUGGCCCCAAAAGGUUUAUCCAGCAAAAGUGAUAUUCCAUUUUUAUCAUUAGGUUCAGAUGUAGGGGUCAGAAGAACAUGUUAUGAAGGAAAAAGUGAUUUGAGUGGUCCUUUUGUUGUUGAAGAGAUUGAAAGAGAUGGUACUGAAUUCAGAAGAUUAAUUUUUUUAAAUAAUCCUUAUGUUGUCCAAAGUGAAGCUCGUCUUAAUGUUAAAUCUAGACGAGGUAAAAUAAAAAAAAUUAUUGAUCCUGGAUUUUUAGCAUGCGAUCAUCAUUUUUAUAUGAGUAUCGGUGUUAGUAGCGCUAUAAGUUCUAAAGAAUGUGACGAAAUAACGAUCAUUGGUUUAGGUGGAGGAAGUUUAUGCACAUUUCUGUACAAUUGUUUUCCUAAGCUAAAAAUUGUCGCAGUCGAAAUUGACGAGACAAUGUUAAAAGUUGCUACUGACUAUUUUGGUCUCGUUCUUGAUAACAGAAUGAAAGUUGAAAUCGCAGACGGAAUUCAGUUCAUUAAAGAAAGUGCAGCGAAUGGGAAGAAAUAUAAAGCGAUACUUUUCGAUGUAGACAGUAAAGACACUACAGUUGGAAUAAGUUGUCCACCUAAACAAUUUUUAGAAAUGUCUCUUAUAAAAUCGAUUGCAGAAUGUUUAACGCACGAUGGCCUUUAUAUAUUAAACUUAGUUAGUAGGGAUCAAAGUAUAAAGAAGAAAGUGAAAAGCGAUCUGAGGUCCGUAUUUAAGUCUAUGGCGUGUUAUUCCGUGCAAGAUGAAGUAAACGAAGUUAUAAUAUGUUCUAUUAACGAAAAUGAUAGCACACAAUGGAAGCAUAAAUUACAGACGGCUGCUUUGAGUUUGAAGGAACAAGUGUCUACUAGAAGGUUAUCGAGUAAUGCAGAUGUGUUUGAUUUGUCGUCCUUCAUGGAAAAUCUGUGUAUUGAAUCUUGA